AUGGCGCUCCUCAAGCUCUGUGGUCUUGUUUUACUGGGCCUUGCUCUGCUAGCCCAAUGUGCUCCUCAGAAGAAAUUCCGACGACACAUGAUUCGUGGGCGACCGAUGGGCGGACUCGUUCCAAAGCCGACUAGGAACGAAAAGUAUGUCUCGAAUGAUGCUGUGGUGCAGGACUGGUUCGAAAACAGCGUAGAUCAUUUCAAUAGCUCAAACACGGCUACAUACCAACAGAGAUACUGGUACAAUCAACAGUGGUACAAGCAAAAUGGACCAGUGUUUUUGAUGUUGGGAGGAGAAUCAGCCGAGGAUCCGUACUGGGUACAAGACGCAACGCUCGAAUGGACAAAAAUGGCAGCUGAUAAUGGUGCUUUUGUUUUCCUCCUCGAGCACCGAUAUUACGGUGAAAGCAAACCCACAAAAGAUAUGUCCACUUCGAAUCUGGUCUACCUAAGUUCUGCUCAAGCCCUUGAAGAUAUGGCUGCGUUCAUAGUCGGCAUGAAGCAGAAGUUCCCACAACUUGCCGCUGCUCCUUGGGUCACUUUUGGAGGGUCCUAUUCAGGAGCUUUGGCCGCCUGGGCUCGUGUCAAGCAUCCCGAACUUGUUGCAAUGGCUGUUGGAAGCAGCGGUCCUGUACAAGCUGAAGUCGACUUUGUUGAGUAUCUCGAAGUGGUGCAAAACUCUAUCACUCGCAAUUCUCAACAAUGCGCCCAGUCUGUGACUACCGCAUUCAACCUCGUCGCUUCUCUUCUCACAACAGCUUCUGGACGACAAAGUCUAAAAACCACAUUCAACCUUUGCGAAGAUUUGGACCCAACGAAUGCACAACAGAUAGAGACAUUCUGGCAAACCGUAUACAGUCCUUACAUGGAAGUUGUGCAAUAUUCUGGAGACAACGCAGGUCUAUUCCACAACUUGCUCACUAUCCAAAACGCAGUUUGCCGCUUCCAUGAUAGUAACGCAAAUUCGCUGACAAAACUGAAACAGGUAAACAACUAUUUUAACCAGCUGGAAGGCUACACUGGAUGUGAAGAUAUUGACUACCAAAGUUUCAUUCAGUUCAUGCAGGAUACUUCCUAUGGCGAUGCUCAAGAAAUUCGCGCUUGGGUAUGGCAAACAUGCACUGAGUUCGGUUACUACCAGUCGACAGACUCUGACACAGCCGGACCAUUCUUUGGAGGAAAACCAGCUUUACCUGUCCAAUACUAUAUCGAUGAGUGCACAAACAUCUACGGAAGCGAGUACAAUUCAGCCAGUGUAGCUGAUGCUGUUGCGAAAGUGAAUGCCUAUUAUGGUGGUCGCGAUAACAUGCAGUCAUCAUACAUCAUACUUCCAAACGGUAAUAUCGACCCAUGGCAUGCACUUGGAAAACUGAACAGCAGCAUCUCUACAAUCAUCCCUGUGGUCAUUGAUGGAACCGCUCACUGCGCUGACAUGUAUGCAACAUCGCUAAACGACUCUUCCGAAGUGACUGCUGCACGAGAAAAAAUUGCCAACCAGAUCAAGCAAUGGCUGCAGCAAAUCAACUAA